CAGUUCAAGGAGGCGAACUGAAAUUUUCUCAGAGCGGUCGAAGAUCCGCGGUUGAUGAUCACAGCAUCCAAAGAAACAUCUUGUCAAUUACGUGUGAUUAAUCAUUUCACAUAAAAUUCAUUCGAUAUACAAUUCAGGAACAGAAAUUUGGAGAUAUCGAGUCUUUUUAUAAGUGAAGGAUAAAUUCAGAAAAGACCAAUAGCUGAAAAUUGGAGGAAAGAUGCAGAUCAAGGAUAAACGAGUUAUAGUGACUGGAGCGGCAAGUGAUUUGGGUUUGACAUUUAGCAGGGAGCUGUUACGGAAUGGCGCCUUGAUUAUAGUUUUGAUCGAUAGUCGACAAUCUCCCGGAGAACAAGUUGUAGAGAAUUUAAAUAAUGAAUUUGGUCGUAAACGUGCUGUAUUUUUACAUUGCGAUGUGACAAAUAAUUCCGAAUUUGAUGUCAUAUUCAAAGAGGCGAUCAACAUUCUUGGUGGGCUGGAUAUUUUAAUAAAUAAUACUAACGUAAUAAACGAAAUUGAUUUUUCCAGAGCUGUCGAUGUUAAUGUAACAGCAGUAAUUCGUGGGACUCUUCUGGGAAUUCAACAAAUGCGAAAGGACUCUGGAGGCAAGGGUGGUGUUAUUGUAAAUAUUUCAUCCAUUGCCGGAUUGCAAGCGGUAUCUCAGCUUCCGGUAUAUUCUGCUACGAAACAUGCCAUAGUUAGUUUUAGCCGAUCUUUUGCACAACCUUAUCACUAUGACAGGACCAAUGUAAAAGUAAUUGUUCUAUGUCCUGGUUUGACCGGUACACCAAUCUUAGAAGAUCUACCGCAAGAUAUUUCGAGCACUGAUAUUUUGCAAAAAUAUCGACCGCAGAGGGUGGAGAGUGUCGCUCAUGGAUUGAUAUAUGUAAUUCGUUGCGCGCAAAAUGGCAGUGUGUGGAUUAACGAAAAUGGACAACCAGUUUAUGAAGUGCAGCUUCCUGACACUCUACCGCAGAAGAAAACCGAAUCCGACGUAAAGGAAACUCUUCGAAAGUUGACAGCUUUUAAAAUAUUUAUAAAGAUUUCGUUUACAAAGAAGAAAAUGGAUUCAACUCCAACAUUGUGUCGUCGACGUUCGUCAGCAUCCGAAAGGGCAAAGGAAAUAGAAGCAAUCAAUUCUAUCAUUUCUGGAAAAAACGUUCUAAUAACUGGUGGUGCAGCAGGAUUGGGUCAUGCUUUUCUUAAUCAUUUUUUAAAGCACGGAACAAAUAAAGUGAUUAUAUUGGACAUCGACAUUGAAACCGGCAAACGAAUCGAACUUGGUAUCGAAAAAUCUUGCGGCGAAAAAAAAGUACACUUUAUACACGCCGACGUAUCUAAUCACAAGCGAAUGACUGAAGCUUUCGAAGAAGCAUCAUCUUUAGUGGGAAAUAUCGAUAUCGUUAUAAACAAUGCCGGAGUUUUGGAUGAACGAAGAUGGGAAAAGGAAAUUGCGGUGAAUAUUGGUGGCAUGAUUAACACUGCGAUGUUAGCUAUAAAAUACAUGAGUAAAGAUGCGGGAGGGCAAGGUGGUAUCUUGGUGAAUGUGAGCCAACACAUGAAUAUUCGAAAUACGGCUCAACUUCCGGUUUAUACUGCCACAAAACACGCCGUUAUUGGUUUAUCGGAAUCUCUCUCGGAUCCUUGUUAUUACGAGAAGACCGGUGUUACUGUAAUAACUUUGUGUCCAGGACUGACGGAAACUGCUCUGACGAUAGAUAGUCCUAACAAACUACUUUCCAGAGUCAUGAAGGCGGAUUUCGUCAAAAAUCUUGAACAAUUUUCGAUACAGACACCUUAUGUAGUCGCGCAGGGUCUGAUGACAAUAUUAAGGAUCGGCGAAUCCGGCAGUAUUUGGGUCAUCGAGAACGGCAGUGCGCCUUACGAGGUUUACGUGCCGAAUCCGCAAGCACUACGUCGUCACUACAAGAAUAAUUUCUCACACGUCGAGAUUAAGGUCGUGAAAGGUCGACCGAUAAGGGAGGUAUGCGACAACAGCAGAACAGGCCUGAUGAGCUGCGCCUGAUCGUAUGCUGAUUAAACAAGGGUUCGACCGUGAUUUCUCUCGUUUUACUCAACACCGAAAAUCUUUUCGCACAACGUUCACAUGACGGACGCGUUGUCAAUCGAAGAGACUUCGUAUGAAGAUAUUUCACGCAUAAAUGUAAUCAGAAGCGUGAAAAGAAUGAAAUGUAGUUUUAAAGCGAAAAAUCGUGAUAUUUCGUAAUUUUCUUUCGCAAUUAUAUGUAUCUUCCGUUAUUAAAAA